CAUUUUCAUCGCUGGAGGAGGCGGGCCGCUGGGAUGUCCCUCGGUAAACAGUGACAGCGCAGUGAGAAGUAGGUCAAGCAGCGACAUCUGCGAGACUCCCGAGAAAACAACACAUAAACACAGAAAUCCGCCCUCGUUCGACUCCAAUGCGUGUGCCCUGCGCCGCUCGGAUGUGUUCAGCUCCCGGUCCUGGUUAACGUUCAGACCACUUCUCAGGAUUUGGAUUAUUUUUCACUGUUCGCGAGCGAUCUGAGUGGAGAUAACACGAGCAACGCGCAAAACAGGUCAUUUGGGAUCCGCAGCAGCGCACUCUCGCAGGCCCUCGAGAAUGAAAAGGAGGUUGAGCAGAGAGUGUGAGGACAGCACCUCAUCCUGCGAGGGGCCGACGGACUCCUGCAAGAGGGUCAGACAGCCCGCAGAGGACUCUGGAGAUCUGCCGCCCGACUGGGCUCGCCUGCCGCAGGAGAUCCUGCUCCACAUCUUCCAGUUCCUGCCUCUCCUGGACCGCGCCUUCGCCUCGCAGGUCUGCCGCGGCUGGAACGAGGCCUUCCACAUGCCCGAGCUGUGGAGGUGCUUCGAGUUUGAGCUCAACCAGCCCGCCAGCUCUUACCUGAAGGCCACCCAUCCAGACCUGAUAAAACAAAUCAUCAAGAGGCACUCCAAUCAUCUACAGUACGUCAGCUUCAAGGUGGACAGCAGCACAGAGUCAGCGGAGGCUGCGUGUGACAUCCUGUCUCAGCUGGUCAACUGCUCUCUGAAGACGCUUGGGCUGAUCUCCACUGCUCGGCCGAGCUUCAUGGAGCUGCCGAAGUCCCACUUCAUCUCUGCACUCACCGUGGUGUUUGUCAACUCCAAGUCUCUGUCGUCUCUGAAAAUUGACGACACGCCAGUGGAUGAUCCUUCGCUCAAGGUCCUGGUGGCCAACAACAGUGACACACUCAAGCUGCUGAAGAUGAGCAGCUGCCCUCAUGUUUCUCCUGCAGGUAUUCUGUGCGUGGCUGAUCAGUGUCACGGUCUGAGAGAGCUGGCUCUGAACUAUCACUUACUGAGCGACGAGCUGCUGCUGGCGCUGUCCUCCGAGAAGCACGUGCACCUCGAGCAUCUGCGCAUAGACGUGGUGAGCGAGAACCCCGGCCAGCAGUUCCACACCAUCAAGAAGAGCAGCUGGGACGCCAUGGUGCGCCAUUCGCCCAAAUUCAACCUGGUCAUGUACUUCUUCCUGUACGAGGAUGAGUUUGGGCCCUUUUUCCGUGACGAGAUCCCCGUCACGCACCUGUACUUCGGCCGCUCGGUCAGUAAAGAGGUCCUGGGCCGCGUGGGCAUGAAUUGUCCGCGUCUGGUGGAGCUGGUGGUCUGUGCCAACGGUCUGCGGCCGCUGGACGAGGAGCUGAUCCGUAUCGCCGAGCGCUGCCAGCACCUGUCGGCCAUCGGACUGGGCGAGUGCGAGGUCUCCUGCAGUGCUUUCGUGGAGUUCGUGAAGAUGUGUGGCCGCCGUCUCUCCCAGCUCUCCAUCAUGGAGGAGGUGCUCAUCCCAGACCACAAAUACAGCCUGGAUGAGAUCCACUGGGAAGUGUCCAAGCACCUCGGGCGCGUCUGGUUUCCAGAUAUGAUGCCCACCUGGUGAAACCAGAAGACCGUGCAAGCCUUUGGUAAUAUGGACUCAAUGGCUUUCUGUGAGUUUCACAGUUUGCGAUGGAUAUUCCCACAGUGCUAUAGUGAAUGUGGAAUGUUGUAAAGUGAUAGUUCACACAGAAAUGAACAUCAUUUACUCACCCUUGAGUCCUUUCAAACAUGUAUGAUCUUCUUCUGUGGAUCUUGAAAGAAGAUAUUUUGAAGAAUGUUGAUAUCUGUUUUGGUGUCCAUUAACGUCAUUGUAUUGACACACACAUACACAAAAACAUUUCACGGAAGAAAGUCACACAGGUUUGUAGAAUGACAUGACCUGGCAUUUAUAUUAUUUUUCAAUGAACCAUUUCCCAUUAAGAUUUUUGCCAUAAAUAACAAUCAAGCAUUUUUUACCAAUAUAAUUAUUGUUUGACUUAUUAUUAGUCCCAUUAGAUACUCGUUACUGCAAUAAAGGAAUUGCAACAGCUCUAUUGAUAUUUAAUCUGCAUAAAGGCAGUGCAACAAAAUUCACUAUGAUCUAUAUAUUAAAAAACUGCUAGGAUCUAAGUAUUUUGUACUAUAGAUUACAAAAUUAAGCUUACUUGUGAAAAAUAAGUUUGCAUUAUUGAUUUUUGAGAUGUAACAUAACCUGCACUGCGUUUACCAAAAGCAUACAUUGAUCCUAGUUCCAUUGGUGGCAAUGGGUCUACGAUGUUAAAAGGAAUAUGAUGCUUUCGGGAAAAAGUCCUUGAUAUUUUGUUAAAUUUACUAAUUUAUCUUUUUUUUUUCUCUGGACAUUUUCUUUAUAAAACUAAAUCAAAUAUUGCUGUACAUGGAAAAAAAUGUAUAUACUGUACAACAGAUUGUUUUGCAGGACAAAAAUGAUACAUUUAAUCUAGAAAGGAAACUGCAACAGGCCGCUGUUUUAUUUCACUGCAGAUAGUCAUUAUUCAUGGUUUUCAAGGAAUAGGCUCUUUGUCUUUGUUGACAUCCUAAGCAGAUGCUUCACUAUUUCUUAGUCACUUAGUUCUGCUGUGCAUCUAUAUCUGUCUUCAGUGGCUCAACGUUUAAGCAACUUACCAUCCAUUUUGCCAAAUGCUUGUCUACAAGGAUGUUGCAUCUGGGCUUUUGAUUAAUCUGCCCAAUCUGAAGGCUGCUUUGUGUUGCAAGUUCUCACUAUGAAUCUCCAGCAGAUCUUAAUGGCAUGAAAAACCAUAACACGGUUGUCCCUUGCCAACUAGUGGCCAAGGUUCACUAACCAACACAAAAAUAAAGAUAAAAGGAAGUGGGUUGGGCUUUUGGUUUAUGUAGAUAGAUGAUUAACAAUAUUUUAUGUGAUUUGUAUAAUAUUACAGGUUUGGUAUUGCAGUGCUUUUGUACAAAGAUGUAUAGUGAAUAUUUUGCACCUUAUAUAUGUACCAAAUUGAAAUCUCUCUUUCUGGUGGUUUAAUUGCUCAUGUUUUGGUGUAGCAGGGAAUAAUAAAACAGCAUAUUUUCAAGGUUUGUCAGAGAGGAAGGAAAGGAAAGGAUCAGUGUUUGGCUGACAGCACACUUGGGUCCUCAGAUUUGGAAGAAUAUUGUUAAAGCACCUUAGGGAUACAAUGAAGCGUUGACUGGUUUCUAUUAGAUUGCAUGAAGAAUGUUGUGCAAUGAUGGGAUACGACCACAUAAUGAAUGAAUUAGUCUGGAUAUGUACGCAAUGCACGAUCUGGCUGCGUUAAAAUCCACCCCUUAAUUUCAGUUCAAUAUGAUUCAGUAUUGGAGUGAUGCAGUGAAAACAUUUUCCUUUAAGAAGGAAGUCCCACGUGUCUGUAUAUAAAAUGCUGUGUGUUUGAUAUAAAUAGAAAUGCUUAUUUCUCUGUGGAGGUUUGAAGUGUUUCUUUGCUGAUCUCUUUAAGAUGAGUGGGAAUUACUCUGUGAUGGUUCUUUGUACCCUUGGAUUAGAUUUAAUCAUUAUAAUUUAUUGAUAUACUUUUUCAUUAUUAAUUAUCAUCUUAUGAUAGUUAAGCUUUAAGUGAGAUGCUCCUUUUUGAUUUAUAUGCAUAUUAUAUCAUUAGUCAAUAGUUUUUUGUUUUGUUUUUUCAUUUGUUUAACCGUUUUUAGAAUUAAAGCGGUUUUAUCUUUUGCAAAUUGUUGUAGUGACUAAAUUAAGGAAACUUAAGAUUCCUGCCAGCAUUUGAAAGUGAAAUAUUCUUUUAAAAAACGAUCAGAAAAGGGAAGUCACAGCCCAUUAGUUCACAUACAAAUUAAAAUACACGAGCUCUGCUUUAGUCAGCUGUGCAUAUCUUGCCAAUUUGAAACAAAAAGCUUUUUGUUAGACUAGCUUUUUUGGAUAUGCAAGCUGGAGUGAAUUACAUCAACAACUCGAUGCAAACCAGAGCACAGGAAAUGAGAAAAAAUGUACAAAUAGCAUCAAACCCAGUGCUUAUGUAUUUGAUUUUUUUUUUUCUGAAGCAAGUGAGCAUAUUGCUUGUAUUGCGAAUAUGAAAGCAUCACAUUUCAUUUUUGUGUUGUUGUACAAAAAAUGUAUAUAACAUUGUCUUUUAUUGAAAUAAGGGUGAAUAAACAUUGUGUGAAAACUU